AUCUCUUUCCUUUCCCAAAACGGGUUUAAAAGGGAGCGAGUCUGCGUCUGUGAGCUAGGUAGGAGGAGAGGACCGAUACGAUACAGAGCUUCACAUCACAGAGAGAGUGUGAUACUAAAAGAUGUUCCUGCGAGCGGUCGGACGGCCAUUAAUGGCCAAGGUGAAGCAGACGACAGGGAUCGUAGGCCUGGACGUGGUCCCCAAUGCCAGGGAGGUCCUAAUCGAGCUAUACUCCAAAACCCUAAAGGAGAUCCAGGCCGUUCCCGAGGACGAAGGGUACCGUAAGGCCGUCGAGAGCUUCACGCGGCAGCGUCUCAAGGUCUGCCGCGAAGAAGAGGACUGGGAAACGAUCGAGAAGAAGCUUGGCUGUGGCCAGGUCGAGGAGCUCAUCGAGGAGGCACGUGACGAGCUCACCCUCAUCGACAAGAUGAUCCAGUGGGAUCCAUGGGGUGUUCCUGAUGAUUAUGAAUGCGAGGUGAUUGAGAAUGACGCGCCUGUUCCCAAACAUGUUCCUCUGCACCGACCUGGUCCUCUUCCCGAAGAGUUCUACAAGACGCUGGAGGGUCUUACUACAAACCAAGCAAAGUUGGAUGAGGCUAAAGCCACCUCUAUCGGGUCCGAAUCAAAGGAGUAACUGUCUUACUGGCAUAUGCUCCUGGGGACUUUGGACUCCAAAUUCGAGUUUGAGUCUUUUUUCUUGAAUUCUCCUGGUUUUUUGUCGGUGCCAGUGGGCCUGUUUGCUAGGCUGUAUAAAUUUUCAAGUAUGGGAGGGAGGCUUUGAUUUUUCAAUAAUCUACACUCCAAAUGUUGUUAUCGUAAAGUAAAACUAUGUUGUUUUCUUUAUUUAUGCUCUUGAUUUCCAUUGAAAAUGAGUAAUGUAAAAGGUUAGCUUC